AUUAGGGGACUAUCCUGUCUUGGAAAAGUAUAAAAAUGGCGUCCACAGUAUUGCACCCGGCUUCUUUGCGAUCUCACAAUUUAUCGUCUGAUUUAUCUCCAGACUGGCUUACCAGCGAACAUAGCACUGGGACCUCCAUCAUGGCAGUGGAGUUUGAUGGAGGUGUAGUUAUUGGGGCAGAUUCUAGGACAACAACUGGAGCCUACAUUGCUAACAGAGUGACCGACAAAUUAACCAAAGUGACAGACCACAUCUACUGCUGUCGUUCAGGGUCGGCAGCCGACACUCAGGCCAUUGCAGACCUUGUAAACUACCAUCUGAACUUCCACCAAAUGGAGCUGGGGGAGGAGCCAUUAGUGAAGACAGCAGCCACCAAGUUCAAAGAUUUCUGCUAUUACAACAGAGACCAACUGUCUGCUGGGAUCAUAGUGGCAGGCUGGGAUAAACUGAAGGGAGGACAGGUGUAUUCCGUCCCCCUUGGUGGUAUGUGUGUACGGCAGCCAUUCACUAUUGGAGGCUCUGGUAGUACAUAUGUAUAUGGAUAUGUGGAUAGUACAUUUAAGAAAGGCAUGACAAAGGAGGAGUGCCUGGACUUUACUGCUAGAACCCUGACUCUAGCCAUGCACAGAGACGGGUCCAGUGGUGGUGUGGUACGACUAGCAGCUAUCUCAGAGGCAGGAGUAGAGAAGAAACUUAUCAAGGGAAAUGAAUUACCUAACCUCAUGCACGAGUUUGACUACCAGUAAACAGUAACACUGAAGGACAAUAUAGAAUGGAUGUUUGUGUCCUGUUAAAUGGAAUAAAAACAUAACUAGACCACCUGCAGACCAUUCUCAAUACAGCUAGCCACGUGUACAGAAAUGAAAUAAAAUGAGAUAAGAAGUUUGCAUUUAUAAGUUCCAAGUGUCAUCAAAGGAAGAUAUUGAGCAUUCUGGUUUCUUAAAAUGUGAAAUCUGGAUUUGAUUGUAAUCUAUGUGAAGUAAUGGCAAAAGCAGUUGAAGGUGUAGAUUCACAUUGUCUCAUUGAGAUUCUAUGAAGACAGCGAGGAAAUACAGACACUGUCAAGUUUUAUAAAGGACUGUACUUCAUGCAAAAUGAUCCUGAUGGAAUGAUCUCACAGGCAAGCUUAGUGUGGGAUUUAAUAGAAUGGUAAUUUGUCAACUGUGCAGGAACACAAUGUUAUGGCAAUAAUGAUGUUCCUAUUGUUGUAAUUUUGGGCACAUUUGAAGUUUUUCUCUGUCCAACUCCAUCAGAAAGUAUACAAGGGACAACAGGGAUACUGUCUGAAAGAAGACUAUUUUGGUGAUUAAUGUAAUGGUGAAUUAAUAUAAAUCUGAGUGCUAGAGUGCUCUCUAUUCAUUCAGGAAAAUAUAUUGAAUUUGUCAGAG